AAGUUCUCCAAGGCAGCAAUGCAUUCAACUAUUCAGCGAGCCAAUUCAAACUGACUGCGACAGUUCACUGGGUAAUAAGAUCUUUGAGAGGACAGAUGACGACCACAAGGUUGCUCCAUKUAUUGAAGAUAGACAGUUUAUCAAUCUAAUGGACAAAGAAAUGUUUUUGGAUGAUYCCAAUAACUGGGUAGCUCCCCUUCCCUUUCGUGUACCAAGACCACGCCUGCCUAGCAARAGGGAGCAAGCUCUUAUCCGAUUCACCAACCUAUGUCGAACUCUGCAAAAGAAGCCAGAGAUGAAGAGUCACUUUCUGUCUUUCAUGCAAAAAAUCUUUGACAGAGACCAUGCUGAACUGGCUCCUCCUUUGCUUGAUGGUGAAGAAUGUUGGUAUCUUGCCAGUUUUGGUGUCUAUCAUCCACGCGAGCCGGGUCAAAUAUGUGUAGUAUUUGACUCCAGCGCAGCACAUCUUGGCAUCUCAUUGAAUGAUGUGCUAUUGACAGGACCAGACCUAAACAACAGCUUGCUUGGCAUGUUGAUGCGGUUUAGAUGUGAACAAGUAGCUUUCAUGACAGACAUUGAGCAAAUGUUCCAUAGCUUCGUGGUUAGGGAGGAUCACAGAAACUUCCUCAGAUUCUUUUGGUUUAAAGACAACGACAUGACCAAUGAAACUGUGGAGUAUCGCAUGAAAGUUCAUGUUUUUGGGAAUCAUCCAUCUCCAACCAUUGAUAUCUAUGGGUUGCAGAGAGCAGCACUACAUGGAGAAAAGGAGUUUGGCAUUGAAGUAAAGCAGUUCAUACACAGAGAUUUUUWUGUUGAUGAUGGACUCAAGUCAAUGGCUUCCGCAGCCCCAGCAAUUCAGCUAUUGAAGUCAGCUCAAGAGAUGCUUGCUAUCUCCAAUCUAAGACUGCACAAAAUAGCAUCGAACUCUCCAGUGUUAAUGCAGGCCUUUCCAUCKACAGACCAUGCAAGCGACUUAAAGGACCUCAACCUUGAUGUUGACUCACUUCCUGUUCAGCGCAGCCUUGGUUUAAACUGGGAUCUUAAGAAUGACAGUUUCACUUUCACGGUAGCCAGAAGCAAGAAACCAUUUACCCGAAGAGGUAUGCUUUCAACCAUCAACAGUCUAUUUGAUCCACUUGGCCUUGUAGCCCCCAUUACUAUUGAAGGGAAAUUCCUAUUGAGGCAGCUCACCAGUGAUGGUUACACUUGYGACGAACCCCUUCCUCCAGAGAAAGAGACAGAGUGGAUUGCAUGGCAAGAGUCUCUACAAGACUUAGAAAASUUUCAAACUGGAAGAGUUUACACUGCAACCCCUUUCUCUUCUGCACAACGCAAAMAAAUACAUAUUUUCUCUGAUGCCUCCACAAAGGCCAUUGCAGCUGUAGCCUACCUUAAGCUAGUUGACACAGAAGAGAAGUGCCAUGUUGGUUUCAUCAUGGGGAAGGCCAAGCUGGCUCCAGUAACUGGCCAUACAGUUCCCAGGCUUGAGUUGGGAGCCGCUGUCUUGGCAGUAGAAAUAGCAGAACUAGUUGUGAGUGAACUAGACAUCACCCCUGACUGCUUUAUGUUUCAUACAGAUAGUAAAGUAGUGUUGGGGUACAUUUAUAAUGAAACCAGGAGGUUUUAUGUAUACGUCAGCAACAGGGUUGAACUUAUUAGAAGGUCCACGCUUCCUGAACAGUGGAAAUAUGUCCACACCAGUCAAAAUCCUGCUGAUGUAGCUACUAGAUCAGUUCCUGCAAGACAGCUUUUAGCGACCAACUGGCUUACCGGCCCAGCCUUCCUAACACAUUCUGGGGACACAGAUCUGAUUGAGGAAACAUAAUACAGCCUUGUAGAGCCAGAUUCUGAUGCCGAGGUUCGGUGUCACACGACUACAGUCUCAGUUUCUCAUGGAGGUCUCGGUUCUCAUCGCUUUGAACGAUUCUCCAUGUGGCUAACCCUUAUCAGAGCUUUAGCAAAUCUCAUACAUGUGGCCCAGACCUUUAAGUCAAGAAAGGCUGGCAUGAAAACYGAUUGUAAUGGCUGGCAUCACUGUGUUAAGUCUUAUACAGCAGAAACACUACUAAAAGCAAAGACUGUCAUUCUCAGGUGUGUGCAAAGGGAAGCAUACCAAAGAGAUGUCUUUUCUUUGGUGAAAGACAAGGAUGUUCCUCACACCAGUACUUUGAAGAAGCUCAACCCUGUUCUUGAUGACAACGGGCUUUUGAGAAUAGGUGGACGACUCCAGCAUGCACCUUUGGAAAUGGAAGAAAAGCAUCCUGUCAUUGUUCCUAGAUGCAGCCAUGUUUCCACACUACUUAUCAGGUACUAUCAUGAAAAAGUUGAACAUCAAGGCAGAGUCUUCACRGAGGGAGCUCUUCGUACUGAUGGUUUCUGGAUUGUAGGUGCAAAGAAAUCCAUUUCUAGUAAUCUACGUAAGUGUGUCACAUGCAACAAGCUGUGAGGUAGACCUGCAGAACAGAAGAUGGCAGAUCUUCCACCAGACAGAGUCUGUACUGAACCCCCCUUUACAAACGUGGGUCUAGAUGUGUUUGGUCCAUGGACUAUCUCCACAUGCCGCACCCGGGGAGGUGCAGUACACAGCAAAAGAUGGGCUGUGCUAUUCACAUGCCUAAGUGUUCGUGCAGUGCAUAUUGAACUUAUAGAGUCAAUGGAUACAUCGUUUCGUCAAUGCUCUGCUACGCUUCUUUGCCAUUCGAGGAACUGUAAAGGUGAUCCGCUCAGACUGUGGGACAAACUUCAAGGGAGCCUGCAAGGAACUACAAAUGCUAUCACAAGAAGGGUCUAGUGUCACUAGGUAUCUUAAUGGAAAAGGAUGCACAUGGUUGUUUAACCCACCACACUCUUCUCACAUGGGAAGAGUGUGGGAAAGAAAGAUUGGGGUUUCCAGACGAAUCUUGGACUCCAUGCUUUCUCAGAUCAGUCCUUCAUGUCUCUCUCAUGAAG